AUCAAGAAACAGAUAAAAUCGAACAAAAACGAAGAACAAAAUUUAAACAAAACAAUAUUUAUGAUGAUGAAAAAACAUCUGAUUUAAUAUUACAAGGACAACUUAAGAAAAAUACUGGAACAUUUGGUUUUUCGUGGCAAAUCCGUUAUACGAAACUAUAUCCAAAUAGACUUGAAUUACAUUAUGAAAAAGGUGAUAAAGAUCCAGAGGUUUAUACAAUGGAAAGAAUUGAACAUAUUGAUUCAAAAGAAGUUAAAGGACAAAAAACAAUAACAAUUCAUUUAAAAGGUGGUAAUGAACCACGAUUGAUGCUUUCACCACAGGUUAUCGUCUCAUUUCAUGAAUGUCGUAUUGCAUUAAAUAACGCUUUAAAUAAAUCAACAUUAACUUUUUCUUCAUCAAAACAAAUUCGAUCAAUAAUAACAAUAGUCGUAGUUUGUCAUUUAAUAGAAAUUAUUAGUUUUAUUUAUCCGUCCAUGGUUAAUUAA